ACGGAUAAAGCUCGAGUUGUAGAUUGUCGACGAGCGGGGGCAGCACGAUGGCGGAGAAGAGCGAUAGAAAAAAGCAGAUCUCCAUCAGCAAGAUCCACACCAUGGAGGAUGUGGCGGGUUUAAAAAUGGGAUUUAAUAGGCACCUGCAUUUCACGCUGGUGAAAGACCGUAACGUGGCCCACUUGAAAGACUACUACUUCGCGCUGGCCUACAUCGUCCGCGACCAUCUAGUGGGGCGCUGGAUACGCACCCAGCAGUACUAUUUUGAGAAGAACCCCAAGCGGAUUUACUAUUUGUCUCUGGAGUUCUACAUGGGUCGCACCUUGCAGAAUACAAUGAUUAAUUUGGGUAUAGAAAGUUCCUGUGAUGAAGCUAUGUACCAGAUGGGUUUAGAUAUUGAGGAAUUGGAGGAAGUUGAAAAUGAUGCUGGUCUUGGUAAUGGAGGCUUAGGAAGGCUUGCAGCCUGUUUCCUUGAUUCCAUGGCAACACUGGGCCUAGCUGCAUAUGGGUAUGGCAUAAGAUAUGAAUAUGGCAUUUUUAAUCAGAAGAUCAAAGAUGGGUGGCAGGUAGAAGAACCUGAUCAUUGGCUGCAACUUGGCAACCCUUGGGAAAAGGCUCGGCCUGAGUAUGUAAUACCAAUUCAUUUCUAUGGUUCUGUACAACAUACUAGAGAUGGUGCCAAAUGGAUCGACACAGAGGUAGUUCUUGCCAUACCAUAUGAUACUCCAGUUCCAGGAUAUCUAAACAAUACUGUGAAUACUUUGAGGCUGUGGUCUGCCAAAGCACCAAAUGAUUUCCACUUGCACCACUUUAACGUUGGGGACUACAUCCAAGCUGUGCUGGACAGAAAUGUUGCUGAAAAUAUUAGUAGAGUCCUCUACCCAAAUGACAAUUUUUUUGAGGGCAAAGAGUUGAGAUUGAAGCAGGAGUAUUUUGUCGUGGCUGCCUCCCUCCAAGAUAUUAUUCGUCGUUUCAAGUCUUCUAAGUUUGGUUGUAAGGAUAAUGUUAGGAUUUGUUAUGAUUCCUUUGCUGAUAAGGUGGCAAUUCAGCUGAAUGACACCCAUCCUGCCUUGGCAAUUCCUGAGUUAAUGAGGAUUUUAGUGGACCUUGAGAAGCUUGAUUGGGAUCAGGCUUGGACUAUCACCAAGAAUACGUUUGCGUAUACUAAUCACACAGUUUUGCCUGAGGCCCUUGAACGUUGGCCUGUGCAUUUAUUUGAGAAACUCUUACCCAGGCACCUGGAGAUUAUAUAUGAAAUUAACAGAAGGCAUCUGGAUAAAAUCAAAACUCGCUAUCCUAGAGAUGACCAGCGUUUAACUCGAAUGAGUCUGAUAGAAGAGAGUUCAGAAAAGAAGAUAAAUAUGGCACACCUCUGCAUUGUGGGUUCACAUGCAGUGAAUGGUGUAGCCAAGAUUCAUUCCAAACUCAUCAAAGAACAGGUUUUUAAAGACUUUAGUGACAUUGAACCAGAAAAAUUUCAGAACAAGACAAAUGGAAUCACUCCAAGGAGGUGGCUUUUGCUUUGCAAUCCAUCGUUGGCUGCCCUUAUAGCUGAGAAAAUAGGACCGGGCUAUAUUAAAGAACUGAGCAAGCUUCAGAAAUUGCAUGACUUUGUGAAUGAUGAUCAAUUCAUUCAUGAGGUUCUAUCAGUGAAAAAGGCAAAUAAAACAAAACUUGCUUCCAUGCUAGAAAACAACUAUGGGAUUCAAGUCGAUAUAUCCUCCAUGUUUGAUGUUCAUGUGAAACGAAUCCAUGAGUACAAACGACAACUCAUGAAUUGCCUUUACGUCAUUGUUAUGUACAAUCGAAUUAGGAAGGACCCAAACAAGGCAUUUGUUCCAAGAACUGUUAUGAUAGGGGGCAAGGCUGCUCCUGGCUAUCAUAUGGCUAAAUUGAUUAUUAAACUUAUCACAUCUGUGGCACAAGUUGUGAAUAAUGACCCUGUAGUUGACAAGAAGUUGAAGGUCAUUUUUCUGGAAAAUUACAGAGUUUCACUGGCCGAGAAAGUCAUCCCAGCAACUGACCUGUCACAGCAAAUCUCAACAGCUGGCACAGAGGCUUCUGGCACAGGGAAUAUGAAGUUCAUGGUGAAUGGUGCCUUGACUAUUGGCACUAUGGAUGGAGCAAAUGUGGAAAUGGCAGAGGAAGCUGGUGAAAACAAUUUGUUCAUUUUUGGCAUGAGGAUUCACGAAGUACAGGAGCUGGACAGGAAGGGAUAUAAUGCCACAGAGUUUUAUGAAAAGAUUCCAGAAUUGAAGCAGGUGAUCGAUCAGAUUGCAGGUGGAUAUUUUUCUCCGAAUCAGCCUGAUCUUUUCAGAGAUAUUCUGACUAUGCUGUUUCACCAUGAUAGGUUCAAAGUGUUUGCUGAUUUUCAGUCAUACAUGGAAACUCAGGAGAAAGUUAACCGGUUAUAUCAGAACCCAAUAGAAUGGACCAAAGUGGUUAUAAAAAACAUUGCUUCCUCUGGGAAGUUCUCUAGUGAUCGUACUGUCACUGAAUAUGCCCAUGAAGUCUGGGGUGUAGAACCCAAAGCAUUGAAGAUCCCUCUUCCUAAUGAACUAAAAGACACCUAGAACUUCUGAAACCUUGAAUAUUUUGUGAUAAGAGGUGCAAAGGGGAAAUAACAGCAAGCUCACUGUCUUUUAUAAGCUGUUAAAACCAAAUAUAGCUUUUUAAGCUUGGAAUUUGUUUAAUGUUUGAGAUUGUUUGCUAUUUACAGUUGGAAACUACCUAGUUUUUAGAGGACUUAAUUUCUAUUGCCUGUCAGGCAGGUUUCUUUUGUGACCAUCUGGCCAGUAUAUUGGAAUCCUCUAACAUAUUUAAUAGCUUUAAGAUCAUUUGCUUAAACACUUCAUCGAGUUUCAUCUUCGAAACUGACUUGCAGUUCUACUGCCUGUAAACAACUUACUCAUGUCAAUGUCUGCAAACAGUCAUCUUUCUCAGUCAUCUCCAGUACAUUAAUUCUAAAACUUUGAUCUAGAGCCUGAAAGCCUUCCUUACCUGUGCACCUCCUUCACCCCGAGCUUUUCCCCUUUGCUCUUGAGUCUGAUCGGCAAUUCUUGUUUAUUUUUUCUCUAUUGUCUUCUGCCACCGGCAAUGGUCAGUCAAUCUUAAGUAUCCAGAAUUGGGGUGGUUGGGGGGAAGAGAAACUAGUGACAAUUACAGGUGACACAUGAUAAUAGAAUAGUUGAUGUCAAAGUUGCUUUUGCUUAU